CUAUAUUGCAGCGAUCAAGCCCCUCCACAUCCAUUUUCCUCCUCAGUCGCAGGAGUUCGAUUCUUCAGGAUAUACUUUUCAGCCAUCAGUUUCCGCAGAUUUCCCCUUCUUCAUAAACCUUUUUUCAAUUGUAUUUUUUUCAUUUCAUUUCUCACACUCUACAGCACAAUUACCCUAAAAUUCAACACUCCCGAACAACCCGUUACCGAUUUUGAUAUCAUAACUUCCCCAAUUUAAUUUUAGAUCACUAAAAUUAGGGUUAAUGAUUGUCAAUGAUUGAUAAUAAUAAUAAUGGAGGGAUUGCAACGGAAAUUUGAGCAUUGGAUCAAAGAUCAAACAUCCAAGUUUCCGAAGCUUCAAAUUCCGCAGUUACCGCAGCUUCGUUGGGUGAGAGUAAAGUGGCCCCCAUGGUCGACUGAUCGAGAACACCAGAGAAAGCUUCAAGAAGAGUUUGAGAGAAGACGGAAGCAACUUAAUGAUCUUUGUCUCGCUAUAAAGGCUGAGUCUGUUUCUGAUUUGCAGGAUAUUCUUUGUUGCAUGGUUCUUUCUGAGUGCGUCUACAAGAAACCUGCAACUGAGCUAAUCCGUGCGGUCAACAAGUACAAAGCUGACUUUGGAGGCGAGGUUGUUUCCUUGGAGCGUGUUCAGCCCUCGCUGGAUCAUGUUCCUCACAGAUAUCUUUUGGCAGAAGCAGGUGACACCUUGUUUGCUUCUUUCGUUGGCACAAAGCAGUACACGGAUGUGGUGGCCGAUGCUAAUAUAUUUCAAGGAGCUUUAUUUAAUGAGGAUGACAUGGAGGUCAUGGAAGAUAGAGAGAUUGCUGAAUUGGAUAUGAGUAAUGGUCAAAAGGGUGAACUAGAAUCUCAUGCAAAGAUCCUCGAAACAAAAUCUAAACAGUGGAUACACAAGCGGAGGCCUGCUGCUCAUAGAGGGUUCAUGGCUCGUGCAAAAGGGAUACCAGCCGUAGAGCUGUACAGGCUUGCGCAGAAAAAGAAUCGCAAACUUGUCCUCUGUGGGCAUUCACUUGGUGGAGCUGUGGCAGCAUUGGCUACACUAGCCAUUUUAAGGGUCAUUGCGGUUUCUUCUCCGCCUAAAGACAACGAAAAAUUUCAAGUCAAAUGUAUUACUUUCUCUCAACCCCCUGUUGGGAAUGCAGCUCUUAGAGAUUAUGUUGAUCGUAAAGGCUGGCACCAAUACUUUAAGACUUAUUGUAUUCCAGAAGAUCUUAUACCUCGAUUUCUUUCCCCAGCUUAUUUUGAUCAUUAUAAUAAUACACAAACUCCGUCUGUUGAUAGUGGUGCUGCCUCAUCGUCAAUUGGUAAUCAAAGGGAUGUCGGGAUGAAAGUAGAUUGUGGGGAUCAAAGUGAGAGCCAUGGACAGAAACUGAAAGGGAAUGGAGGAGAGCAAUUAGUUCUUGGUGUUGGCCCUAUCCAGAGCCCAUUUUGGAGAUUAUCCCGCCUUGUCCCUAUAGAGGGUAUUAGAAACCGUUUAACAGGGCAAGAAGGAACAGAAGCUUCUGUUACAGGACCGGCUGUAACUGGGUCUGAUUCAGCAACAUCUUCAUCAACUGAUAAUCCAACUACACCACAAUCCUUAGAGAUUGAAGAGGGUUCUGACGGUGUUUCUCUUAAGCUAAUAUCUGAAUCUGAUGUUAAGGAGUCGCCUUCAGAUUCUGCGAGAAAGAUACCUGAGAAAAAUGGCAGCAAUGAAAGGAAUGGCCGAGCCUGGGGCAGAAUGCCUACUUUACCUUCUUACGUGCCAUUUGGGGAGCUCUACUUGCUGGGGCCAUCAUCAGUGGAUACUCUAUCAGAUGCGGAGUACUCGAAGUUGACAUCGGUCAAAUCUGUGUUUUCUGAACUGAAGGAACGUUUCCAAUCACAUUCCAUGAGGUCUUACAGAUCAAGAUUUCAGAGGAUCUAUGAUAAGUGCAUGGGUGAUAGUCCUGCACCAUUUUUGGGAAUUGAGCAACUUCAGCAGUAUCCUCAUUUACACCAAUGGCUUGGGCUAUCAAUUGCUGGAACAGUCGAGCUUGGUCAUAUCGUUGGAUCUCCAUUGAUCCGUGCAGCAACUUCAAUAACACCUCUUGGAUGGGUUGGAACGCCCGGUGAGAAAUCUGCAGACCUCUUAAAAGUGGACGUAGUAGGUUCUGGGCUCCAUAUGUGUAAUCGAGUUCAGGCUCAAGUGAAUGGGAAAUGGUGCUCUACAAGAUUUGAGAUACAUCCUCCUGCGCCAAUUUACUCCGACGCAGAACAGCCUGAAUUGCACAAAAUGAGGGUGCUGAUUGGAGCUCCAUUAAAAUCUCCUCCGAAGCAUCAGAUUGUACCAGAUGCAUUUACAGUAUUUCCUUCCGUUGAUUCCGAAUCAAUCAAUUUAAAGGCACAACAAAUGUUAGGAGCAUUAUCUAAAAGUAAAUGUCUCCGCCCUCCAGGAUUAAGCACUCUUGUCAUAUAUUGUACCACUGACUUCACCACCGUUUCCAAGGAGGUUGAUGUUAGGACUCGUAGAGUGCAAUUUAUUGGCCUUGAGGGUGCUGGUAAAACUUCACUUCUGAAGGCUAUCUUGAAUAAAGGUAGACAAAAUCACAUUGAAAGUGAGAAUGUACAGUCUGAAACAGAUAUUCAAGAAGGUAUUGCUGGUGGUUUGUGCUACAUCGACUCAGCGGGAAUAAAUUUACAGGAGCUGAGUGCGGAGGCUUCUCGCCUGAAAGAUGAGUUAUGGAUGGGUAUUCGAGAUCUAAGCAAGAAGAUAGAUUUGCUUGUCCUUGUUCAUAAUCUCGCUCAUCAAAUACCCAGAUACAAUGACCCAAAUGUGUUGCAACGACGGCCUGCCCUCGCUUUGUUACUGGAUGAGGCUAAAGCCCUUGGGAUUCCUUGGGUUCUUGCAGUAACUAACAAAUUUUCGGUCAGCGCACACCAGCAGAAAGCAGCAAUUGAUGCUGCAUUGAAGGCAUAUCAAGCAUCUCCGAGUAAUACUGAAAUUUUGAACUCUUGUCCCUAUGUUAUUCACACAGCAGGCAGUUCUUAUGCCUCUUUGUCCAGUGCCGUGGCUCGAGAAGACACAAAUAGAGGAAUGAUUCCUCAAGGUAUAGUCCUUGGCCCCUUGAACUUUGUACGGAGACCAUUUCAAAGGAAAGCUACAAUUCUUCCUGUAGAGGGUGUGGAUUCCUUUUGUCAGCUUGUUCACCGAGAGCUUCGGAGCAAAGAGGAGUCAUCCUUUGAGGAAUUUUCGAAGGAUAGACUAUUAAUGGAACUCUCACAAGAUGGCGCAAAAGGGACUGCCGGAAAGGGAGAUGCACAGGAUAAGUCAAUUUCCGCAGCAACCAUUGGUGCGUCUCUUGGUGCUGGUCUUGGGGUUAUGUUGGCUGUAGUGAUGGGUGCUGCAUCAGCCUUGAGAAAACCAUGAAUUCUUUUCUCAUGCCCAGCCUAUGAAAACAUUACUUUAUGCGACAUAUCACUGUAUAUAAAUUCAUUUAGUGAUAGUUCUUCAGUCGAUUGUAUUAGUGACUUUUGGCAUACUUUCCUCCAUUUAUUCAUUGGUUCUUAACUCUUA